UACUCACUGUUCUGUUGGUCUUAUUUCCAGACCAUUGAACACACCUUGUUUGACAAUAAGAUGGGAGAACCAAAUACAGGGAGUUCAGGUUCAGGAGAGGUGACAACAGCCAACCGUACUCGCAAAAGAAUUCUUGAUCCUUUAGAAGUUCAUGAAGAUGAUGGGAAUGCUCGCCGGCCAGGCAUAUUCUCAGAUUGGCAAGAAACUUUAAAAAGCUUGGGAGUGCCCAUUAAAAAAGGUUUCAUUUCAAUGGAAGGAAAUCAUCCCAAACAAGGGGAAAACGAAGAUAUAGACCAAGGGCUGGCAGCUGACUUUGAUGAUUCACUGUCAGGGUUAGGUGUUGACAUUAGCACAGCUUCGUACAACAUGAGUGAAGCCUUAACUGGCUCUGCCAAACCGUCCCGCUUCUUAAGCAUGAAAUAG